CUUUUGCUACUGGCAGUGUUAGUUCCCGGAUGUGCGUUCCACGGUGGGAGCGUGCAGAAGCUGCAGUAAUGUAGUUCUGGGACCCACAGGAAGUGUUUUGUUUUUUCAUUGUGGGAAAGUUGUUCUUCCCCUCCACGAUGGGCCUUCUACCAGCUCAAAAGGCAUUUUUCCCCCUGCGUUCCAUGGAUUCACUUAUUCGUCUUUUCCAGUCGGAGUUGACUCGUCCCGAGCCUGACUUACCUCUGUUGUCCCUUACUCUUGGAUUUGUUGAGCACUUUUUGGCAGUGAACCGUGUAGUGCCUACUAAUAUUGGCAGCAUCUCGGAUGUUGGGGCUGCUGUGGUUGCUAAGACAGGUGCAGAGGGAACACAGGUACAAAGUGGAGAGAGUAAUAAGCAGGGAAGUCAAGAAGGCUCUAGGGCUGAUCAAGGAAAGAGAGGAACCAGAGGAGACAAGGUCAGGAAGGGAGGAGCUGGAGGACAAGCAAAGAAAGAAAUGGACAAUGUUAUUGGAGAUUCCACUGGAAAAAAACAAGCCAAGGAGAACACGAAGGCAGCUAGAGACAGCUCAGAGGGAAGAAAGGAAAAGGAAAGAGAAAAUGAAAAAAACACCAAUACUGGGGAAGGUUUGAGGACUGGCAAAGAUACCACAGGGGAACCUAGCGAAAAUGCUAAAACAGAGUUAGGGCGACAGAUUAUCCCAUACUUUCCAACACUAGAUCUGACAGUAGCACAGGCUCUGCAUGCUCGUUUCACAGCCCAAACCCGUGGUGCAGUAGACCUGUCUUGUUACCCUCGGGAAAAUGGAGUGUCAGGUCGGGAGCUUAUUCGAAGGGUUUCGGAUGUCAUUUGGAAUGGUCUGAGUCGGUCCUACGUCAAAGAUAGGGCCCACAUACAGUCUCUUUUCAGUUUUGUGACAGGCACAAAGCUGGACUCACCGGGUGUUGCAUUUGCUGUGGUGGCUGCAUGCCAAGUGCUAGGACUUUCUGAUGUACACCUGGCUCUUUCAGAAGACCAUGCAUGGGUGGUGUUUGGGAAGGAUGGGGAACAGACAGCUGAAGUAACAUGGCAUGGAAAGGGUAAUGAGGACAAGAGGGGACAGUCUGUAAGUUCCGGUGUAGUUGACAAGAGCUGGUUAUAUUUAAAUGGACGAUAUAUGCGCUGUAAUCGGCACAUGGAAGUUGCUUUCAUGGUUUGUGCCAUGAACCCUUCAAUAGAUGCUCAUACAGAUAGUCUGGAAUUGUUGCAGCUGCAACAGAGCUUGCUGUGGGUGCUCUAUGAUGGAGGACACCUGGACAAAUAUCCAAUGGCUCUGGGAAAUUUGGCAGACCUUGAAGAACUUAGUCCAACACCUGGGCGUCCAAAGCCCCUUGAACUCUACCACAAGGGUGUACAGUCUUCAUGGUUACAUUAUGAAAACCAACAUUUGUAUCCUCAUAUAUACUUGGCUGCAUAUCACUGUCGGAAUAAAAAUGUGAAAGAAGCAUUGAAAGCAUGGGCUGAGACAGCUGCAGUUAUCCAAGAGUAUAACUACUGUCGUGAGGAUGAAGAGAUAUAUAAAGAUCUCUUUGAUAUUGCCAAUGAUUUGUUGCCAAACUUGUUGAAAGAGGAGUCAAUGUUACCGGAAUGCCCAGCUAGUUCAGCUCUUCAAGAUCCUGCAGCCUUUGCAAAUCUCUUGCGUUUCUAUGAUGGGAUUUGUAAAUGGGAAGAGGACAGUCCUACUCCUGUCUUGCACGUAGGUUGGGCCACAUUCCUAGUGCAAUCACUUGGAAGAUUUGAUGCACAGGUUAGACAGCAGGUAACGUUAGCAAGCUUUGAACCUUCUAAUGAAGAUGAAGACUCUGAAGACACUAGAAGAAGGGUUCCCAGGCGAGAGUCUAAAACUGGAGAACCAAAUCAACAGCUAUCACGCUCUGGCCCUACAGCUGAGCAGCAUGGAAAGGAUGCUGAGCUUUCAGAAGCACUUACACUCACCUUCCAGAGUGAGAAGAUGAAAGGAAUGAAGGAAUUACUAGUUGCAGCAAAAGUGAACUCCAGUGCUAUUAAACUGCAACUCACUGCUCAAUCUCAAGUGCAACCAAAAAGAGCUCGGGGGUCUUCAUCAAGAGACUACAACUUGGGUUAUCUAAAAAGGCAACGCAAGGCGGUGUGAGACGAUGCAAGACAAAUAUGUUCAUGCGACAUACUUAUUUUUAUUUCUUGUUAAAAAUAAUGAAAAAUGUAGUAUUAAUUAUAACUGAAUGUAUGCAUACAUCUCUUUAGUGCAUAACUAACUGUUUUUUGAACAUCUAAUUCCAAAGUCAAGGACAUAAAUAUGUAUUUGGUUCCUUCUUUACUGCUAUACCAGUUUCCACUAUUCUGUGACUGCUUUUAUGUAGGGUUCUGCUUCCAUCUAGCCACAGGGGUAUGAAUGGGUUCUGGUACUGAUAUGUUCUGCUCAUAGUUGGUGGCCUAAUUCAUCUCUA